GUAUCAGCUGAUUGUGAUUACAUUGCUGAUUAGGAUUAGUUAGUAAAGCAUCGAUCGAGUACUAUUUUUUUCCUCUCAAAAAUUAAAACGAUAACUAUAGGUAUAUAGUUCACAAUUGAUAACUAUAUAAGUUAUUAUUCAUUGUGAUGAGACGUCAGGCUUUAGUGAAACCAGUGAAACUGAUCAUCUUGUGCCUCAGCCUCAGUGUUUCAGUUCAUCUCCAGCAUUCUCUGUUCCUCUACUUCGCCGGUUCAUAGGCUUGGACUCCUGUAUCGAAUACUACCCAAGUACAAUUAUUUCGCCGAAAUGUUCCGAAAAAUGAGAUGGAAAUACUAUCUACCAAAGCAUAGUCGUAAUUAUUCCAUCGACGUGAAAUCUUUCCAAGAAAUACCCUCAGCGAAGGGUUUACCAUACGUAGGCACACUGUUCUCUUUAAUCAAUUCUGGUGGAGCCAAGAAUCUUCAUCGUUACAUCGACAGAAGACAUCAAGAAUUUGGUCCGAUUUUCUUGGAAAAGUUAGGACCAAUAACCAGUUUAUUCCUGAACGAUGCCGACGAGAUCAGGAAAGUUUUCAUGCAUGAAGGACGCUAUCCGAAACACGUUCUCCCAGAGUGUUGGCUGCUUUACAAUAAAGUGAAGAAAUAUGAAAGAGGCUUGUAUUUUAUGGACAGAGAAGAAUGGUUUACACAUCGUAAGUUGUUAAACGAUAUGUUAUUGAAACGAGAUUAUUAUUCGGAAGCUGAGAAAAAUGCAGUAUUUGUGGAAGAUAUGUUAAGCAGGUGGUUAGACUGUUCCAACGAUGGCAAAGUUAUCAACUUGGAAGAUGAAUUGUAUAAUUUAUCUUUGAUAUUCAUGAUGUCUUUCGUGUUCGGCAACCGCUUUCAUGAAAACACGAAUAUUUUCUUGCCUCGUAUUCACCAGCUAUCUGACAUCGUGAAAGAUAUCUUCGAAUAUAGCGUGAAACUAUCCAUGUUACCAGCUACAUUAGCCAUGCGUCUCAAUUUGAAAAUUUGGAAUGGUUUUGUUAACGCUGUUGAUCAAUCAGUUCAAAUAACGAGGGAACUAUUGCACGAUGCAAUCCAGCUCUAUAAAGAAGACAUUAACGAUGAAAGUAUUCUACAGUUUUUAUUGAAACGAAACCUCGGGACUGAUUUGAUAGAGCGAAUAUUGGUGGAUUUCAUUUUAGCUGCUGGAGAUACUACUGCUUAUACCAUGCUAUGGACGUUCUAUUUAUUGGGAAGACAUAAAGACGUACAAGAUAAACUCUUCGUCGAUAUAGUGGAAAGCAAAGGAAAAAACGAACAAUCACCUGCGAUCCGGAAUGUUAUCAAGGAAUCGAUGAGAUUAUAUCCAAUAGCACCUUUCAUCGCUCGUUAUUUACCAGAAGAAACAUCCAUUUGUGGGUAUCGUAUUCCGGCAAACCAACUGAUCAGCCUAUCGAUGUACAAUAGCAGUCGUAAUGAGAAAUAUUUCCCAAACGCUGAUCAAUUUCAACCAAGUAGAUGGCAGCGUUUGGAAAACGGUAAAUAUGCCAGCGUUAUAGAUCCAUACGCUACGUUACCAUUUGCCAUGGGAGCUCGAUCAUGUAUUGGAAGAAAUUUAUCAAAAGCUCAACUUUUCUUCACCAUUGAUAAGAUUAUAUCAUCGUUCGAAAUCGAGUCAUUAAACGAAGUAGACGUCAAACUGAAUUUAAUUACCUUGCCAUCGCAGCCUGUACAUUUGCAUUUGAGAAGAAGAUGAACGACGAAACUGGCGAACGAAAUUCAAACAGCAGCGAGAAUAAUAUGCAUCGUAUACUUCGAUAACCACUCAUACGAAUACGCAACUGUAAGGAAAUAACUGCGAACAAGUGAUUCGUUGCAAUAAUAGUUUACUUUGUGUAAAAAUGAUUGAACAAAAAUAAACAAAACGUAUAAAACGGAA